CCUAAUAGUUCCCUGCCUAACAGGUUCUACUUAGCAUUGUCAAUCCGAACCCCAAAAUUCUGGUAGCUUUUUUUUGUUGGUUUUUGAAACGUCUCCAACGAUUGGUCAACAGCUUUUCACGUUAAAAACACAGAGGACACCACAGUUGCCUGCUGCUGGACUCUGGAAUGUUAGGCCAGUGGUUGCCAUAGCGACCGGGCGGCGAGGGAUAGAUUGACUAGUUAGGAACCAGUUCCUGUUAAGGGACCGGUCCUUGAGGUCUUGAGGAGGAUUCCGCGCACUCCAUGGGACACCCUCGGAGAUCUCCAUACGCCGGGAGAAGCUGACAGCAUUAGGUCACGCAAUGUAUCGCCAAGAACCUUCCCUGAACAUCAGGCCUUGGCUUCAUCUGAAUGGAAAGAAGAAAUGAUUUGAGUCCUAAGCAAACACUUUGAGGAUAAUGCCAGUACUAGGAAGUAAAAAGAGAAGCAGGGUCGACAAGAUGGCUCAGCAGUGCUUGCUGCCAAUCUGGUGACCUGAGUUCAAUUCCUGGGAACCAUACGGUGAAAGAAGAAAGUAUUUAGAAGGACGCGAGGCUGUGGUUCUCAAACAGACGGAACAUGUCCCAGAAAUUUGCUAACUUGGACACCGUUGUCCUGAGGGCAGACCUUGACAAACCUAAGAAGCACGCCGACAGAGUUCAGAAAGGUUUUACGGCUGCAUACCCAACUCAGUCCUCCAUCCCUUAUAGACACAGGACGUCAAUAAUCCCAGAAUCAGAAAAAAAGGGAUUUAACAGCCAAGCCAGGAGAUUUUAUAGCAUAAAGGAUGACAUCCCGGGCCCUGGGUUCUACAAUGUCAUCCACCAGUCUCCAGUGUUCAACAGUGCCUCUCUUUCCAAGAGAGGAACCUGCACUUUUCCCUCCACGUGUGCCCGGCUGGGCCCCAUCAUUUCUAAAAAUCCCGCUGCCAACGCGUAUACCAUCCGGCCAGACUUGGCUUCCAAGAAGGACUUCAGCAAUUCCUGUUCCAGCAUGUUCCAGCUGCCAAGCUUCAUGAAAGUGGAAAAAUCUGAAACCCCUGCCCCGAACCAUUACUAUGCCUCCAUCGCCUCCUGCAGACAGAAAAACAAUGUCUGCGCUCGAGCCGGGUUUCUAUCGAAAACGCCGAGAGGAUUCAUACCCUCGUCGGCAUCCGGAGGACCAGCACCAGGGCAUUACAAUGUCAACGAGUCCCUGGUGAGGCAAUCGCCAAAGUUCUUAAUGUCCUGCUUCAAAUCCAAAACUGGCCGUGGAUUAAAACCGACCUCAAUAGGCCCAGGACCUGGUUACUACAACCCGAAUGAUCAAACCAAGAUUCUGAAAAAAUCUUACUUCCCGAAAACUACACUCCUGAACUUUUCUGCCCAUCCUCUGCCCCUGCCCCCAAAGCCACCUCUGCCUGGUCCUGGUCAGUAUGAGAUCGUGAACUACGAGGGACCGCCGAAGCACUUCAUCUCCAGUGCAUCAUUUGUGUCCAACACCAGCCGGUGGCCGAUGAAGUCAUCCAAACCAAACCUUCCCGGCCCAGCCACGUACAAGCCGGAGAUUCCAGGGAAACAGUCUUUCCUCUACAACGAAGACAACAAAUGGGUCCCUGCGGUCUAGUGACACCACAGGAGCAGAGGGAGCGAGGCUCAGCCCGCCAGGCCCCCUGACCCUGCUCCUCAAGACAUCUAUCAACAGAACACCCAGCCCAGGGUCACAUACUGUCUGGAGCUGCCUUCUGGAGACUGGCCACCCCUGCCCCUCCCAUGGCUCCCCUCACCCACCCCAGCAGAGCUCUCUGGCUACCUCUGUGUCAGCCUCUAAGCUGGUUCUGAUUCUCCUUCCCAGAGAUCAGGACUUUUGGAGCACUGACUCUAAUGUGGAGCUCCAGUCUCCUGCUAAGGCAGCCUGUGGUCAAUUAGAAGCAAGUCAGCCAGGGUGCCGAGGCCCUGUCCUCCAGAUUGUCCUUGUCUUCUGGGUGGCAGGAAGGCUCAGCGGUGCCUGCAGCAGAGGCACCUCUGCCCGCAGUUAGGCCUUGUUAUUACACAGCAAGAACAUGGAAACUAGGCAUGAAUCACUCACCACACACAUCAGCAGGCUGGGCAGAGCCUCUAGCUGGAGCGAGAGGCAUGGCGCCACUGUCCCCAGGGCAUGGAGGACUUUUGGGUCCCUUGCCUUCAUGUUCUCACUUCCCAGUCACUUGCCUCUGCCCGGGUCUCUGUCACCUUCCUGCCUUCCCACUCAGAUUCUGGGUAGGGUAGGCAUCAGUUACUAAGUUGGACGGUGUCCCUGAGAGAUCAUGGCUUGUGGGAGAGCUGACCAAGAACAAAGAUGAAAU